AUGGGUCGCCAGGAGGCAUCUCCACCCCCCCAGCGCCAACGCGUGCCUCACCACCGUCACCAUCGUCAUCGCCGCAACCACCGCUCGCCCUUGCAGGCCACGAAUUACAGCCAGCCUUUGGACUUGGGAAGGUUUAGCCGACAUACCCAUGCACCAAGUAGCCGUGUUAUUGUGGAGAGUUGGCUGGGGCAACUAACGGCUCCCGCUCCAGUUCCCGCAAAGAGGCUGGCGUCGCCAGAAACUCGAAACCAUCUGGUUCACCAGAGCAAACAUUUACGUUCCCAAGAUAGAGACCAAUCUCCCCGCUGCCAUCGACGUAGACGUGUAGAUCAAUUGUGGAGGCCUCACUACAUCCCUGCUGUACAAGGCGCUUCACCCCUUCGUCUUCUAGUCCUAGGGGAAUCACCCGAGAAAUCGAAGCAACAAAAGAAGCGAAAAAGCGGCAAUAGCUCAUUGAUCAGCAGUCUAAGUUCUCGUCAAGAGAUUCUAGAGUGGGAUAGCACCGAGAACACGUCUAAACAUGGAGGGAAUACAGGCUUCAAGCGCCUAGAUGAAACAGAGGUAGGCACCGUAACCGCCUCAUCACUAAUGUCUCACGCGAGUUUGGAGGUCCCGAUCUUUGAAAAGCGGCCUAGGCGUAAGACAAGGCCGGAAAAGUACGAUGCUCGUAAGCCAGAGAGUCAAAAGAGGAAGAAUAAAGGGGCGGCUCAACGCGAGCAUGAGAGGAGAGGCACCGGGCCGAGGAAGGGAAGGCAUCUAGCCGCCGGGAGAAACGUCAUGAAAGACUUCACCUCCGGGGCUGUUCUUAGCAAUCGAAUUACUGUCCAUCCUAAUCUCAAGCCUGGCCUUUUCAACAACAAGCGUAUGCCAAAAGAGCAUCCCAUUGCCGACCUAUCUUUUUCGGAAAUGCCAUUUCCAAGGCACCCUGAGCGAGAUGUUUCACGGCACAAAGGACUGUCCAACUCCCAGGUCAGAGAACGUCGACGUGAGAGCCGAGAGCUCGAACAAAUCUCUUCGUUUUUUCUACCUGCCUCUGCUGAGUCGAUGCCACGUAAGUCAAAGUCGGCCAAACUCAAGGAUACUGAAGUAUCUCGUAAUGAACAGCCGCCCCUCCGAGAUUCACUGACGAGUCUAUCCUCUCCUACUGCCCAGACUCGAAGCUAUCGCCAGGAGUCUGCUCUACCUAUAGAAGAUUCUGACUCCAUCCCAGAUACGAAAAGUCACGACCCCGAUUGUCGUACAACACCCAGUAAAACAACGUAUUUCACGUGGUCGACCAGCCAACAGUCCCCCCAAGCGAGAGGUUGCGUAGGCAAUACAGGAUCUAGAAAGUCAGGAAGAUCUGUGACACCCAAUGAUAUAAGAGAAGCUUUAGCUACCACUGGGGUUUAUAGAAAAACCAAGACUAGUUUGCUUGGUGAUCUGGACGGUACACGGAAACAUGCAUUGCUAAAAGUUAGCGAGGCAUCAUCUGCACGCAAUAAUAUGGCUGUUUAUAGAGACGCUUAUGAAGGGCACACACUCGACGUAGAUCACGAGGCGGCGAUGGAGCCCAGAUGGGCCGAUGACACAGGAGUUGAAAUGGCCCAGCUCACUGGUUUAGAGAAACGAUGGAACAAAAUACUUCCUCCCGAGUGGAAAUCACGGAGAUUAUUAAAGGGACAGACGUCCCCUGUAAACGAGCAGCAACCGGAUGUAGUCUCGGAUACGUUAACAAGAGAAUAUCCCUCUGGCUGUCAUGAACUUCCACAAGGGGCUUGUGCGAAGACGAUGAGAGAUCUUCCUUCAGGUCACUCUGUCCACCACGACGGGAAUACUGGCUCUAGAGUUGAUACACAACGUAUAGGUAGAAACACCAGACCGGUAUCCCUAGAAACAAAUCAGCCCGUUGAAGAUGAUACGGCCAUCGACGAAGAUCAAGUUACAACUGUUUCCAGAAAUGCGAUGCCGCCACCUCCAAUACCUCCACCCCGAUCCAACUCCCUGCACACUACUGGCUCCAGCCCAGCGCAUAACAUUAGUUCUUCUAUAGGUGCUGAAAGGAACAAGCCACCUGACGCUCUGAGUCAAGAACCAUCGGCGCCUUUGGAAUUAUACAUGGUGGCAAGUGAGCACGGUAAUUUGGAUGGGCAGUCCGAGAGAUUGUUUCAACCUAUGGAUUCAGCGUCCUGGCUACCACAAUCGGUACCUUCCGGUGUUAACAUCAAUGAUCGAAAUCAGACGUUGUCUAGAUUGAGUAUGAGGUCACCCAUAUAUGUGAAUCAGGGCAAACAGAUAGAAUCCGAGGAGACGUUGCGUAUUCCCUCGCCUGCUGCAACAAGUAAGGGAGAGACCAUGGCAGAUUUCAUCGCGAGAAUUGAAAGCGAAGUAGGCGAACCAACUUCGGCUGAUGAGCCAUACCAGUCAAAGUCGGUUGCAAAGAAUCCAAGGUUCUCUGUAGAUCAAACAGGGCCAGCCUGCGACACACACAAUCAAUACCUAACCGUGUCUGAUAGGUCGUUGAGGAAUUACCACUGUCUCCCAAUCGGGACAAUAGAUGAGCCAAUGUUCCAACAUGUUUGGGAAACUAGUAAUACUCUCUGUUCGGCUGCUGGUAUGAGAGAGGAAUUCGUGAGAGGUAGUAUGGGGGGUCAGGGUGAUGAUGGCCCUGCCGAGUUUUUAGAAAUGUCCGAAUUUUGGCGACCUAAUCGGUUUUCGCAGUUUUGA